AUGCCUCUCCAACACCUCUCAAACCACUUUUUUGCUCAGUGCUUUCUUGUGACCCUCCUGGUGACCCUGUUGUCUACAUCUUCUGAUGCCUGUGGUAAGCCACCAAGAUUUGAAAACAUGCAGCUCAAUGGCAGUCCCAAAACCACUUACGUGGCUGGGGAAAAAGUACAAUACUCAUGUAGACCAGGAUACAUGCGACGACCUACUAUCAAGAUUUACAGUGUGUGUGCUGCAAAUGGCCAGUGGUUACCCAUUUCAAAGGAUGCUUGUUACAAAAAAUCAUGUCCAAGGCUAGAUGAUCCCAACAAUGGCCAAGUAAACUUCGUGAAUGGAAGUUCAGAGUUUGGUACACAAAUUCAAUAUAUUUGCAAUCCUGGAUUUUUCUUAAUUGGUGAAGAAAUUUUAUAUUGUCUUGCUACAGGAUCAGAUGUACAGUGGAGUGAUGAACCGCCAAUAUGUUCAAAGAUUUUAUGUGCACCACCUCCAAAUAUAAUAAAUGGAGUAUUCUCCCCAAGUCACAAGGACGUAUUUGAAUAUCAUGAAGUGGCAACUUACCAAUGUAAACAAGUUCCUGGCCAGGAUGAACUGUCCCUUGUUGGCGAGAGACAGAUUUAUUGCUCUGAAAAUAGAUUAUGGAGUGCUAACCCUCCUGAGUGCAAAGUGGUCAAAUGUCCACAUCCUGUCAUUAAAAAUGGGAGACUGACUUCAGGAUUCAGAAAGAAAUAUUCCUAUAGAGCAAUGGUCAUGUUUGAUUGUAACCAGGGGCUUUUCCUUCACGGAAGCAACACCGUCAUGUGUGAGGGUGACAGUACAUGGCAGCCACCAAUUCCAACCUGUAAGAGCAAGCCACCUCCUCCCCCUCCCACAACAAGUGUUCCAAGCUCUACAGGAACAGCACUUGAUUUUGGAGAUUCAAAGGGAUGGAGCAUUUCUCUGAUAAUGAUGGCUAUGUUGGAGCUAUAG